AUGGCGUGGCCCUUGGAGGCAGAGCCCACGAAGGCGGAGGACCAGCUGGUCUGGUUCGCGCUCUACCUGGUGAUCUACCUGGCGUUUUACUUUUUCACUAGCCCAUUUGUGGGCAACCGGGAGUUGCUUAACUCAUGGACGCCCUACGUCUACGUCUCUAUGGUGCUCUACGCAUGGCUCAUCUCCGCUGCUGCGCUGCACACGCCCGUGCAUGCGCUGGGGCUUUUAGACUCUACCAUCAAGCAACCGAUAUCACUGCUGUUUCCCUUUUUCUCGGCCACUUUCGUCUUCCUAAUCGUACUCGAGGUGCUCAUGGCGCUCUUCCUUUCGCGAAUUACCAAGAAGUUCGGCUUCGCCUGGACUGUGGCGCACGUCUCCUUGGCUCGUUCUUUCAUGAAUGUGUUGCGCAACAGCGCUGCUAUCAGCGUUGCCUGUGUGGCGGUUAUUGUGCACUGCGACGCUACAUACGAUUGUGCUGCGUCUGCGGAUGAACCAACGACGUAUAAUAGCCACGCCUGUGCCCAGAUUUUCUCUUUCGUCCAGUCCGACGACGUGGAAACUCUAGUCCCUGCCAGUUACGGUGGCGCGGUUUUAAUCUGGUGUAUGGGAAUGUUCCUUGCCAUUACGAACUUUUUCUUGGAGCGCUUUAGUGGAAUCCGCAUGAUCGCGUCCUUCGGGUGGUUCUCAAAUCGUGUUGAAGACGAGAUGGACGAGCUGUCCGAAGGAGAAAAUGGCCACGAACUGUUGCCACCGGAGCAGAACUUACCCAUGGUUCCUUGGUAUUCCAUGCUGUUGUUCGACACGGUGUUUGAUCUCCUCAUCUCUCUCAAGAUCUUUCUCGGUCGGUUCGAUAUGCGCACGAUGCAACGUGCCUUGCAUCCAAAAGACGAGGACUAUUGCUUUGAUCAUCUCGCUGAGAAAGACGAGGUGUGGCUUGACUUUAUGGCCGACUGUGGAGAUGGCUUCAACAGCAGCUACCAGAUUGCACGCUUACUCGCUCAACCACAAUUAGAAGUGGACUGCCAAGUGCCAGACGAUAAAUCGAGCGAUGGAGAUACACUCGACCAAGAACAGGCAAGUACAACGAAAACGAAGACUGUCAAACGAGUGUUCCCUCGAGGCGACGCUCUUGUGAUCGGCGGAGAUCUCGCGUAUCCGCACCCGGACGACAAAACGUAUGAAACGCGGUUGUUUCGGUGCUUUGAGUACGCCAUGAAGCCUCCAUCUUCUUACCAUCCGUCGGCCAUCUCAACACAGAAGAAAACUCCUGAUGGCUGCCCGUCACUGCGUGAAUACGAAGGCCCCAGCGUGUUUGCAAUCCCUGGAAACCACGAUUGGUUUGACGGUCUCAACACGUUCACACGAUACAUUUGCCAACGAGACUGGCUCGGUGGAUGGCUGAUUCCGCAGAAAACAAGCUACUUCAGUCUCAAACUUCCUCACGGCUGGUGGCUAUUUGGCGUGGAUUUAGCUCUGGAGAAUGAUGUGGACACAGAGCAGUUCGGCUUCUUCGAACGAGUUGUGAAGACACAAAUGGGACCAAAUGAUGCAGUAAUUGUGCUCACACACGAGCCGCGGUGGCUGCUGAAUGUCUACGAAGACAGGUCAAACGUCGACGUCAAGCUCUCGUAUCUGAUCGAGAACGUACUCAAGGGUCGAGUUGCUGUACGACUGGCAGGAGAUAUCCACAACUACAUGCGGUAUUCAUUGGUGGAGGAGAAACACACGCUCAAGCGUCCAGCUUCCAUGCAGUUUGAUGCGCCCCGACCGAAAAUGUCGACGACGAAUCUUCCUCGCCGUCACUCGUUUUCAUCUCCUGUUCACAAGCACUUUCCGCACAUGAAACACGACGAUCUUUCAAACGAAGAGCGACAAGCCAGGGAUGCUGAGCUUCAAUCAGAUCCUCCUGCGGAUCUUGAACGUUCUGCGGAACACUUGAUCAUCUCGGGAGGUGGUGGGGCUUUCUUGCAUCCAACGCACAUACCCAGCUCGAAUUUGGCGUCCAAUGGUGGGAAUUACAAGCAGAAAUUGUGCUACCCACCAGCGCACGUCUCCAGGCGCUAUGCGGUGCUGAAUGUGUUCGGCUUUCGUCGCCUGAACUGGCGCUUCGAUGCUAUUGGUGGAGUUGGGUACUUUGCACUUGUGUUCUCCAUGUUUCCUCGCUGCUCAGUCACGUCCAUCUAUGCGCAAGCGACGCGUUGGGACGCAGCAGCGCAGUUUUACCUGGAACUCGUGCACUUGCUGUACGACAUGGUGACGACUUCGUAUGUGUCGCUGACAUGCUCUAUUGUUAUGCUCGUGGGGACGAUCGGGUUUGCGGACUGCACGACACUGCCGAAGAGAUGUGCGUUGGGUUUGGCCGUGGCGUUCUUUCACUACGUAGCUGCCUUCACGAUUCUGCUGGUCUACGAGUGUCUUCUUGAAGUGGCUUCAGUUCGUGGCGCUCUUGGUCGUGAUGGUGAGCACACGCUCUACCUCUUUUUCAGCAGCACGCUACCUGACCUUUCUGGAGUCCGAAAGUACGAUAUCUUCGGUUUAUCCUCGCUGUACGGGGACUUCAUGCGUCUCUGCAUGACCCUCUUUGACGUACCGGAGGUGGUGGCGCUGCAUCGCAACAAGAUUUGUACGUCAGGGUUUGAAAGCCUCGGACGCACGGAGCUGUGGGCCUACUACGCCAGCGUGUUCCCGUACUUCUGGGUGUUGGCUACUCCCGUCGUCAGCUUCGUCUUCGGCACGUACCUGUACCUGUCACUCAAUAUCUUGGGAUGCCACUACAAUGAAGCCUUCUCUUCACUACGCAUCGCAAGCUACAAGAACUUCCUCCGACUCCAUUUCGACAAGGAAGGUCGACUGGAAAUAUUCGCGUUUGGGGUGGACAAGAUGCCGCGUCGAUGGUGCAGGGACCCCAAAUGGAGCGGAGGCAACGGACCGCGGGCGUCGCUGGAACGUAACUUGCCGUCGUUCAAAUGGACGCGUCCGAGCUACUGGAAGCCGCUGGUGACCAAGGUGGACAACAUGCUGCGUUUGGACUUCGAGAACCCGUCGCUUGACGCCAAAUUCAACACGACGGACCGCUCCAACGUGCAUCUCAUUGACCGUGUGCUGAUCCGCAAGCCAACGUCCUAG